ACAUUUUUGCAAAGAAGGAGGACUGUGGAUUUUGUCCCCCAUCACUUACAUAGUAAGUGCAUUAGUGCAUUCUAAUAGUCAGUAUGAACAGGAGGAAUAAUUAUGGAAAGAAAAAACUACUUAAGUGUUAAUUAUCACAUCCUAACUAUUGCUUUAUGAAAGAAUUGAAGAAAUGUCAACCCCUCCAUUAAGUUCCUCCCAAAUACCAGAUUGCUCAGUGGGUCAUACGUAGCUUGGAACAGAUACCCUUUAGUAAGAAAAUACCUGUAAUACAGUAUAAAUUCUUUGUAAAUUACCAGGUUUAAUUAUACUGUAUAUGCUAAUGAAUAUGAUCUAAUAUGAUUAGAAAAAUCAUAAAAUGUUGCACUUUAUCAUUUGAUAUGAUCUAUGUUUCAGCUUCUCCAUUCAACAACCCAUCCGUCCAUCUAUUUUCUGAAUAGUUUAUCCAGGUGACACGCUGUCGUGCCAAUAAAUAUUCUGCAACAGGAACACUGUAUGUCUCUUAAAACACUAAUUAGCUGUUUAAGUAAACAACAGUGUAGGAAGUGGUGCCAAAGUUUAUGCACAGAAUCUGAUAAGCCUUUAUAGAGGGCUUUCCAUGUGGCUGCAUUUUAUGAUCCAUACACCGGGGUGGAGUAGGCUGUGGUAUUUAUUUAAAACAAAGAUAGAUAGAUACAUUUUUGUAUAUAAGAGCUCGUCUUUCUCCUGUUCAGCACCUCUACACAGGACGACUGAAGCUUCAAGCUGACACUGAGUGAGAAGACAGAAGACAAGAUCAUCCUGCAGCAGAUAAUCAUCAUCUUUACCAUCUGCACUAUCUACACCAUGAAGAUGCUGGCUGUGUCUCUACUGGUUUGUGUCAUGAUGGCACUGACCACAGCUGUUGCUCUUCCAGAAGCAGACCCUGAAAAGAGUGACAAAGUCAGGAUAUCAACAGUUUGUCCCAGUGGUUGGACUGGUUUCAGCGGUCGCUGUUUCCUCUAUGUUCAAACACCCUUGUCUUGGGCUGAUGCUGAGAGAAAUUGUCUGUCCCGUGGUGGAAACCUUGCAUCAGUGCAAAACAUUGAUGAGUAUCAUAUCAUUCAAAGUAUGAUACUGAGAAUAACUCACACGUAUCCACUUGCAUGGCUCGGAGGCUCUGAUGCAGAACAGGAGGGCACUUGGUUCUGGAGUGAUGGUUCACCUUUCAGCUUUUCAUACUGGGCUCCAGGGCAGCCUGACAAUCGUGCGUCGGCAGACUGUUUGUUGAUGAACUUUGGAGAUUAUAAGAGAUUUGACGACCAGCCUUGCCAUUACACAAAGCCGUUUGUCUGUGCCAGAAACGAAUGAGAUCUCUUUGGAUGCAAAGAAAUGCAAUACCUGUCACAACCAGAGGAAGUGGGUGGAUGUGUGAUGGUGUGUUUGCAUACUUAACUAUCUUUAUGUCUUCAUCACAUGUAGGCUCCUGCAUGUAGUAAUCCAUACUUCUUUCCUAUUGCUGUAACACUACUCAAGGAACAAGUUUGUGCUUUUAGUACAAACUGAUUCCAGAGAGUGAACUGGUGUUUCUUGUACUCUGCUCAAUUAAAAGGCUUAAGCAUUGAAGCACGUCAGUCUGUGUGUUUUAUGAAUCCCGUUACACAAGCACAAACAUUUAUACACUCAUUAAACUACACCACAGAAGAAGUUUAUUGACCU